AAAGAUAUGUGGGAGAUUAUAUCGGGUAAAUAAAUUGCACUCCACACUAUUUAAAGAAACGGUUAAUAGUUUAUUAUAAUUCUUGAGGGUAUCAAACGCAGUCGGCCAAAUUCGGGCGAACAUCGAAACCCGACUGACUCCAAAGUGCUUUGUUUGUUAAAGCCGUUAAUGUGCCGGUCAAUCAACAUCUUUAUUCAUUUACUCUAGUUUAUUAGUUCAAGCUUUCGACGAUUUUCCUCUACUUUGACCUUUAACAUACUUAACGACAGACCUUAUUUCUUGUUAUCGUCAUUCAGUCCAAAUAAUUGAGAUCAAUACAAUUUCACACACGAUUGUAUUUGUUAAGAUAGGGGGCAUAUACGUUGUGGAGAGAGGGGCAUGUGUGUGUGUGUGUGUGUGUGUGGUCGCCGUGCCGGUGUGUUAGAGUGUGUGUAGAAAUAAGCUCGAGAAAUCUGUAAACGGAUCAAGGUAAAAUAUAAUAAUCAAGGGAAGGAAAGUAGAUACAAUCGUAGUUAGACCUACACCUAUCCGAUCCCUCGAUUUACAACAGUAUUCAACAAAUUUCGGACGACGCGACGACAUUUAUGGAUACGCGUAUUCUUACAUUCUCUUAAAGAUUUUUCUCUGAGGGUGGCUGAUGAUUAAAGAAAGCGAUAUGAACGAUUUUUAAGUAGAUUCGUCGUAAAAUCGUGGAAAUAACGAAAAUGAAUACAUUAAACUUAGUUUUGAAACUGGCAGGUAAUGUACUGUAGACAUUGCGUUCGGUGAACUAAUUUCUUUAAUAUUUAUUGUUCGAAAGCAAAUCAGAUGCAACAAUAUUUCCUUUAACCAGCACGUAUAAAGGGUAACCACAAGCAGAUCAUGCAUUUCUUCGUCCGCCGAACCGAGUGCCAUACAGGUAGCGUAAUUCAGAAAUUCGACGAACGAGAUUUUAUCAAGUGACGGGAAGAAGCACAAGCGUUAGUUAUCGCAGAGAAAGAAGUGAUAUUCUAAAAAUGAAUGUGACGAGCGAUUCGAAAAAGAGCGAUGGCCAGAUACGAAAUUUCUACGCCGGAAAACACGUAUUUCUCACGGGGUGCACUGGUUUCUACGGCAGCCUCAUCUUGGAGAAGCUCCUGAGGACGUGCACUCAAAUUGGCAAUAUUUACAUUAUGACCAGAGAGAAGAAAGGUUUCUCUGUACAAGAAAGAAUAGACAGGUUCUUUAAGAAGGAAGUGUUCGACACGUUGCGUGCUAUGAAUCCAAACUUUACGGAGAAGGUGAUUCUGAUUUACGGUGACCUGUGCAAACCCGACUUGGGCCUUUCGACGGAGGAUCGUCAGCGUUUGGUGAACAACGUGAACAUAAUUAUUCACAACGCGUCGGUGGUGUACUUUGAGGCGAAGGUGUCUCUUAUUUUGCGAACCAACGUGCUCGGAACACAGAAGAUGCUCGAACUAGCGGCUCAAUGCCUGAAUUUAAACGCGUUCGUCUAUGUGUCGACCGCGUAUUCUCAUCAUUACACGAAUCCGAUCGAAGAAAAAUUUUACGCGCCCCCGUGCGAUUUGAAGAUGGUCGAGGACAUCAUACGAGCCGACGAGGAGAACGCUGCCGGACUUUCGAAGGAAGCGCUCAACGAUAUUAUAGGGAAAUGGUUGAACCAGUACGCGUUCAGCAAAGCCGUCGCCGAGGGUGUAGUCGAGGACUUUGCUAGGCGAAGAUCGCUCCCGUGCUUAAUCUACAGGCCUUCUAUAAUUAUAAACGCGAUACGAGAACCAUAUCGAGGAUGGGUAGAUACAAGGAAUGGUCCUUAUCUACUGACAUUGCUGGUGGCUUUGGGCAUGUUUCAUCUGGCGCCUUUGAGAUCGGAUGUAAUAUCGGACUACGUUCCGGUUGAUAUGGCAACUAAUGGCCUUUUGUCAGCGAUCUGGGAUUACUCCGUCAAUAGAGAAACAAACGGGCCACAAGUGUAUAAUUAUGCAUCCUCGGAUUGGAAUCCGUUUAACAUGCAUGAUCAAUCUUACACCUUCUUCCGUGCUGUUGAUGAACACCCAUUGACCAAGAUGAUCUGGUACCCGUUCGUGUUAUUUAUUCCGAAUAUUUAUCUCUUUCUUCUGCUUCACGUGUUUCUCCACGUAUUCCCUGCAAUUAUUGCUGAUAUGGUUCUAAUGAUUCAGCGAAAGAAGCCAAUGGCGUUGAAACUUGCAUACAAGGCGACCAAGCAGGUUUUUAUACUGCAUUACUUCAUAAGUACAUCUUGGAUCAUAAAAACGGAUAAACUGAAGACCGUGAUAAAUCGUUUGAAUACUACCGAUGAAGAGGAAUUUUUAUUUGACAUGAAACAGUUAGACUGGCAUGAUGCAACCUUCGCAGGGAUAGAAUGCCUCCGGUACUCCAUAAACGAUACGAUGGACUCACUUCCGUAUGCGAAGAAGAGGUAUCGAAAAUUGAAAAUUCUUCACUACAUCACGGUUACUAUUAUCUCCAUGGUUGUCUUUUUCUUCCUUUUUAAGAUAAUUUGUAGUUCUCUGUUACUGAUAUCGCAAUAA